AGGGGGCGGGUGUGUGGAGCUCGGGGGUUGGCUGCGGUGCGCGCACGCUCCCGCGGCGGCGGCGCGCGCACCACGAAGAACCGGUGUGGCCGCGAGCGCAGCCUUGGUCCCGCGCGCGACUCUGAUCACAUGGGGGGAUUCGGGCUCCGCUAAAAGCCCCCAGUUCCAGAAGCGCGUUCGCGGAGUUUGGCCGAGGAAGAGGAGGAGGACAGGAACGGAGAGAGCGCGGACAGAGUUGAAUUUGGACACAGAACCCCCCGUCCAACUGAUGUGACCCACCGGGACCUUUGAGAAAAGCUCUCACAGCCAGCUCUCACAUAGCAGGGGCUCUGCUUUUUGCUUCCCUCUGCAACGAUGCAGAAGCAGCACUCAGACACAGCACCAGGAAGCGUUUCUUCAUCUCGUGGUUCCAGCAUCCCUGGGUCACCAGCCAUAUCGAUUGUAGCAAGAAUGGACAAUCAGGUGAUCGGAUACAAAGACCUGGCGGCCAUUCCGAAGGACAAAGCUAUCCUGGAGGUGGAGCGUCCUGACCUUAUGACCUACGAGCCCCACUUCAGCUUCUCGUCACUGGAGCGCAAUAACCGGACCCGCAGCAGGGAGAGGUCCAUGUCCCCCCACUCCAUCUCACCCCCUCCUUCCCCCGAGAUAUUUGCAAGUAAGGAGCAUAGGGAGCUUUCAGAGCAGGGUUCACCAGGUGGGUCACUCAUGGGCUCUACGACCCAGAUCCGUAAAGUGAGCACCGCCAAGAAUCCUCUGCAGCAUUUCCACCGGCCAGACAACGGCACCAAUCCAUACAGAAAGCCACCCAUUUACAAACACGAUGGCGCAGUAUCCGUCUUGCAUGGCAAACACAUCGAGGACCUCAUUAUAGAGUCAUCCAAGUUCCCCGCUGCCCAGCCACCAGAUCCCAACCAGCCGUCUAAAAUUGAGACCGAGUACUGGCCCUGCCCACCCUCGCUGGCCACCAUGGAAACGGAGUGGAGGAGGAGAGUGCAGAAGAAGGAUGAGGAGGCUGAGGAAGAGGAGGAUAACGAAGACCUGCUGGAGAGGGCCCGCAAGCGCCAGGAGGAGGAGCUUAGCAAGAUACAGUCCAACCUUGGCAAGCUCAUCUUAAAGGAGGAGAGGGAAAGAGCCGGACCUAUCCGCAGAAAGACCCGCUCACUGCCCGACCGGACACCUGUACCCCUCGGUCCAUCCUCCAAUGCCUUCAAGUCCACCUCCUUGCCUGCCUGCAGCAGAGGCGGCCUUACCCGGCUUCAGUCUGCCGACUUUGCUUCCUCUGACAGCGACAAGGGAAGGCCAGGUGUGCAGAAUGGAGAAUCUCAGCGGGGUAGGAUGGACCGGGGCAACUCGCUGCCCAGCAUGCUGGAGCAGAAGAUCUACCCCUAUGAAAUGCUCAUUGUGAACCCAAGGGGGCGCAGCAAGCUUCCACCAGGGGUUGACAGGACCAGGCUGGAGAGACAUCUGGCACCGGAGGAGUUUCAGCACCUGUUCGGUAUGACCAUCGAGGAGUUUGACCGGCUGUCGCUGUGGAAGCGGAACGACCUGAAGAAACGCAUCUCUCUUUUCUAACAGGCACCGACAGACCAUGCCCUCAUCUUAAAGGGCCAGACGUAGUUUGCAUAUAUCUGACAUGAAAUCAGGGAAAGGAUGAGAAAUCAACACCAAACUAUUAGACAUAACAAUACAAAUGUGGUUCCAUAAUCGUACUGAUAAUUUAUAUGUAAAGCAGCUAUAUUGGGUCUCACACCUAGGGGACGCCAUGUCCGUGCCAGGGCCUCAUCCUCAUGGGUGGCCACUAACCACAGGCCUCGGGAUGGAGGUCGUCUCCACAUAUUACGCUUAGCGACUGUAUGAAAGCGUGUCCGGCUCACAUGUAUAAAGCAGAAGCAGUGAUGUUCCUUCCGUGUUGCUCACAUCGGGGGCCAGAACAGCCACUCGGUGAGAAAUAUAUACACACACAUAUUUUCUCUUUGUUCUCUCUGUUCCCAAUGUUAUUUCCAAACAGCCACAUAAUAAAUGUUCCUUUUCGUGGAGAAAUGGCUGUUGCUGUUUCUUUAAAAUGACACUUAAAUUAUUAAACUUUUUUGACCUGAACU